AUGGCGUGGCACAAACCCAAUGGCCUCACCCAGGCCAUGCAAUCCCUCCGCCUCACCUCAGCCAUCUCAAACACCUCAAUUAACGCCUCCCGACCAACCUUCAACUCCCUCCGCACGCGCACCUACGCAACCGAGACCGAAGUAGCCUCCGACGCCGCUGCGGUCCCUGUCCCCGCCGCCGCUGCCCCCGAAAUUGACUUCGGUUCAUUCGCACACAGGCCCGCCCGAAUCAUUCCUGCAUCUAAAGCCUAUUUCUCCGGCAGCCCGCGCUUCAUCGAUGCCCUACUGGAGCUCGAGGCCAUCGAAGCCAAGUAUGCCAGCCUACCAACCGUGGCGCCCAUCGACGCUCCGCGCAUGGCUUGGCUCAAGCUCCCACAGUUCCGUGACUUCGUGGGCGAGCCAAUUCCCAUGAAGAAAUACAAGUCUCUGGUCAAGAUCCUGCAGCAGCUCAACCGGAUUCAGCCUGAGCUCGUCCCCACCCAGGUGCGCGAUACUUUGGCCAAAUUCCUUCGUCCCGGUAACCCAUAUGCUACGGAGGUGGUGCCCCGGACGGUGGAUGAGAGUGGUUGUGCUCGCGGCAAGGGAAAGAGGAAGGAGUCACACGCUGUCGUGCAGCUUGUUGAGGGCGAGGGCGAGGUGUUGGUCAAUGGAAAGAGUAUUGUGGAAGUCUUCAAGCGUGUGCAUGACCGCGAGAGCGCACUUUGGGCUCUGCGUGUCACGCAACGCAUGGAUAAAUAUAAUGCCUGGAUUCGAGUGAAGGGUGGCGGUGUUACCGGUCAGGCCGAAGCCAUCACACUGGCUCUCGGUCGUGCUUUGAUGAUGCAUGAACCUGGCUUGAAGUCAGUACUGAGGAAAGCUGGUACCAUCACUGUCGAUCCCCGUCGUGUCGAGAGAAAGAAGCCCGGUCAUGUCAAGGCCCGCAAGAUGCCCACUUGGGUCAAGCGUUAA